UAUCACCCUAUAUUUUGAUAAGCUGAAUGAAUUUUGCGUAAAGACAACGCCAAAUUUUACUAUUCCACCAGCGCUCACACGUACUGAAUAAUCUACGCUUGUAAGAACGUGUAAUAAAAUCACAGAUAAACAGACAUAGCACACACAAAAUCAUUCGUCGCUCUCAUAAAAACGAAAAUUCACUAGUAUGCAGAAACCAUAUUAGCAGGCCUUAUAUAUUGGUUGCAGAUCUAUGUGAGCAAUUCGAAAUUGCAAGCAAAACAAGAGUUGAUUCUGAUAAAAUAUAUGUGCAUGUUUAACCAAGUGGAGCUGCAAAGUUCAUUUGUAAUUUCGCUAGAUUAAAUUCGAUUUAGACAAAACGUGUUAGUAUCAUAAAUUAAAUGAUUCUGUCUUAAAUAACAUGUCUGUAUCUGUGGCACAAUGAUAAGAUAACAUGCACAGUUUCUCUAUUACUUUUCACUUCAGUUUUAUUCUGUUCAAGCAGCUGUGGUAUACUUGAACUGGUUCCUUAUAAAAGUGUUAAAUUAACGAAAAUGCUCCAUAACGAUAAACAAUCGAAGGCCAUUUUGAAUAAAAGUACAAAGGAUUAUGGAUCCUUUGGCCAGUAUUCCGAUAGUGGAGCACAUUCCAAUCAAACUGCUAUCAGUGAGGAAAUGGAUCAAGUGGAAGGUGAUGAGAUAACCUCUGCAUCCCAAAGUGUUGGAGGAAGACCGGAUACGCUGGUGCAACAAUCGCGAAACGCGAGAGCGCAACAACCAGUAAGAAUGAUAAGUAAUAAACUCAUCAUGUUGAAUGUGCUGGCCAAUUUCCUGAUGUUUGCAAUAACCGGUUUUAUUACCUACCAUUGUUUCAAUAAAGCAACUGUGUUAUUCUCAUGGCAUCCUACUUUCAUGUGUAUUGGGUAUUUUAUACUCAUGUCACAGGCCAUACUUACGCUUUCCGGUGCCAAUCUCUUGACCUACAAGCGCCACUACAAGACCCGAAUCUACGUUCACUGGAUUUUACAGACGGUGGCUGUUGUUCUUAUAACCAUUGCCUUUGUUUGUAUAUUUCUUAAUAAAGUACGCAUGAACAAAGCUCAUUUUCAAACCACACACGCUAUAUUUGGCAUAAUAACGAUCAUUUUGUCUUCGAUUUCAAUUUGUGGUGGUGUUUUCUCCAAGUACGGAUUCCAACUAAGACAGCUAGUGAGGCCAAUUUACUCUAAAAUAGGACACGCGAUUGUGGGUACUGUGACGUACGUAUUGAGUACUACGACAAUAGCACUCGGAAUCUACUCCAAAUGGUUUCAGGAGGAUAACAAUGGUCAGGUCCGAAUGGCCUUGCUAGUAGGAAUCAUAGCUGUGGCACUGUAUGUGAUAAUCAACCCUAUAGCUGCAACAAUUAGUAGAGUGAAAUCUGCUAUCAGAACUACUUUAUGAAUGAUAUAUUAUUUAUAAAUCUUUAUCACGUUGCUGGAUCAGACACCUUUGUGAAGCAUUGUUCACAAUCAAAAAUAAGUAUUUUUUUACAAUAUUAAAAAUAUGUUUUCUAUUUCUGUUUA